CAGAGUGCAGGAUGGACUCCUCUACUGCCGUCUUUGGGCUUCUUUUCCUUGUGUGCAGUACAGAAGGGCAGUAUGUCACAGGAAGUUGUGCCAUCCCCUCAAAACUUUGUUGCCGAGGACAAGAUAAUUCCUGUAUUAGAACAUCAUGCUACUGCGAUGAGGCGUGUAAAAAUUUUAUUGACUGCUGUCCUGAUUAUAAUAGUGUCUGUGCAGGGACAUUUCUAACUGUUGCAACAACAGCAAUCAGAGCAAACCUGGAAACUACAACAGACUCCACUAUUUCAUCCACACCAGCCAUGACUACUGGGAAUUCCAAUACCUCAGCAACCCCAGUGGUAGUUGCCAAAAAAACAAGUUCUGCAUCAGUCCCAGCAGUUACAUAUACAAGUACUUCACAAACACAAGUUGUCAGAGAUAUCACAACUCUUUCUAUACCUAAAGACAAGUCCAACAUGACUCCAGGCACAUCCACUCAUACUUUAUCGACAAGCGCAACCACAUCCACUAGGACUAUAUCAACUACAGUUACAUCUACUAGAAAUCCAUCUACACCUGCUGUCACAACCACAAAUAGUCUGUCAGGGCCUGAAGUCACAUCUAGUCAUACUUUAUUAAACACUACAGCCACAUUUACCAGUAUUAUAUCCAGAUCCAGAAGCACUUUAUCAGCGUCUGCAGUCAGAUCCACUAGCACUCAAUCAACAUCUGCUGGCACAUCCAAUAGUACUCCAACAACACCUGCGGUCACAUCCAAUAGUACUUUAUCAGCACCAGCAGUCACAUCCACUACUACUCCAUCAACACCUGCAGUCCCAUCAACAAGUAUUUUAUCAGUACCUAUUGUCACAUUUACUGGUACACUACCAACAUCUGCACUCACAUCACACACAAGUAAUCCAUCAACAGAUGCAACCACAUCCACUAAUACUUUAUCAACACCUGCAGUCACAUCAACUGGCUCACUGUCAACACCUGAUGUCUCAUCCACUCAUAAAUUAGCAACACCAGCAGUCACUUACACAAGUAAUUUAUCAAAAAUUGUAGUUACAUCCACUCGUACUUCAUCAACAGCUGCAGCUGCGUCCACAGGUACUUUAUUGACACCUGCAUUUUUAUCCACCAAUACUCUAACCACACCUGCAGUCAAAUCCUCUAAUACUUUAUCGACACCAGCAGUCAUAUCCACAAGUAUUCCAUCAACACCUAUAGUCACUUCCACUAAUACUUUAUCAUCACCUGCAGUCACAUCAACUCGUCCUUUAGUAACACCUGCAGUUACUUACACUGGUACUUUAUCAACAACUGCAGUCCCAUUCACCCGCACUGUAUUAACACCAGAAGUCACAUCCACUAGUACUUUAUCAACACCUGCAGUUAUAUCCACUAAAAUACCAACAACAUCUGCAGUCACAUCCACAAUUACUCUAUCAAUACCCAUAGACAAAUUCACAAGGAUUCCAUCAACACCUGUAAUCACAUCCACUAGUACUCAAUCAACACCUAUAGUCGCAUCCACUAAUGCUUUAUCAUCACCUGCAGUCACAUCAACUCGUCCUUUAGCAACACCUGCAAUUACUUACACUGGUACUUUAUCAACAACUGCAGUCCCAUUCACCCGCACUGUAUUAACACCAGAAGUCACAUCCACUAGUACUUUAUCAACACCUGCAGUUAUAUCCACUAAAAUACCAACAACAUUUGCAGUCAUAUCCACAAGUACUCUAUCAAUACCCAUAGACAAAUUCACAAGGAUUCCAUCAACACCUGUAAUCACAUCCACUAGUACACAAUCAACACCUGCCGUCACUUACACUAGCACUUCAUCAACACUAGCAGUCACAUCCAUUAGUACUCUAGUGUCACCUGCAGUUACAACCACAAGUACUUUAUCAACACCUGAAGUUUUAUUCACUAAUACCCCAACAACACCUGCAGUCACAUCCUCUAAUACCAUAUCAACACCUGCAGUCAUGUCCACAAGAUAUCUAUCAACACCUACAGACAAGUCCACUAGUAUUCCAUCUGCACCUGUAGUCACAUCCACUAGUAAUCUGUCAACAACUUUAGUCUCAUCCACUGGUACGUUAUCAACACCUGCGGCCACAUACACAAGCACUCAAUCAACACCUAUAGUUGCAUCCACUCAUUCUUUAUCCAAACCUGCAGCCACAUCCAUGAGUACUCUGUCAACAACUGCAGUCACAUCAACUGACACACUAUCAACUCCUGAUAUCACAUCCACUCAUCCUUUAGUAACACCUGCAGUCACUUACACUAGUACUUUAUCAACAGCUGCAGUUCCAUCCACUCAUACUCUAACAACACCAACUGACAAAUCUACAAGUAUUCCAUCAAUAUCUGUAGUCAUAUCCACUCACACUCCAUCAAUACCUGCCAGCAUGUCCACUAGUACUCUAUCAAUGCCUGCAGUCACAUCCGUGAGUAAACUAUCAACACCUGCAGUCACAUCCAUUAGUACUCUAUCAACACCUGCAGUCAAAUCCACAAAUACUUUAUUCACAUCUGCAAGCAAAUCCAGUAAUACCCCAACAACACUGGCAGUUACAUCCACUAUUACCGCAUCAUCACGUGUAGUCACAUCUAGUCAUACAUUAUCAACAUCAGCAAACACAUCCACUAGUACUCUAUCAUCACCAGCAGUCACACCCACCGGAACACUACCAACACCUGCAGUCACAUCCACUAGUACUGUGUUGACACCUGCGGGUAUAAACACAAAUACCGCAACAAUACCUGCAGUCACACCAACUAAUACUCCUUCAACACCUGCAGUAACAUCAACUGACACACUACCAAUAUCUGAUGUCACAUCCACUGAUCCUUUUGCAACACCUGCAGUCACAUACACUAGUACUUUAUCAACAACUCUAGCCACAUCCACCAGUAUUCUGUCAGAACCUGCAGUCACAUCCACAAAUACUGCAUUGACAUCUGCAAUCACAUCCACUAAUACUCCAAAAACACAUGUAGUUACAUCCACUAGUACUUUAUCAACACCUUCAGUCACAUCCACUAUUAUUGCAUCACCACAUGCAGUCACAUCCAGUAGUACAUUAGCAACAUCAGCAAUCACAUCCACUAGUACUCUAUCAUCACCUGCAGUCACACCCACUAGUACACCCCCAACACGUGCAGUCACGUCUACUAGUACUCUGUUGGCACCAGCAGGCAUAUCCACUAUUACCUCAGUAACACCUGCAGUGACAUCCACUAAUACUUUAUCCACAUUGGCAGAUGCAUCAGCUGACACACUACCAACACCUGCAGUCACAUCCACUAGUACUGUGUUGACACCCAUAGUCACAUCCACAAGUACUUUAGUGACACCUGCAGGUAUAAACACGAAUACCCCAACAAUACCUGCAGUCACACCAACUAAUACUUCAUCAACACCUGCAGUAACAUCAACUGACAUACUAUCAAUAUCUGAUGUCACAUCCACUGAUCCUUUUGCAACACCUGCAGUUACUUACACUAGUACUUUAUCAACACCUCUGGCCACACCCACCAGUAUUCUGUCAGAACCUGCAGUCACAUCUGCAAAUACUGUAUUGACAUCUGCAAUCACAUCCACUAAUACUCCAACAACACCUACAGUUACAUCCACGAGUACUUUAUCAACACCUGUAAUGACAUCCACUAUUAUUGCAUCAACACAUGCAGCCACAUCCAGUAGUACAUUAGCAACAUCAGCAAUCACAUCCACUAGUACACCCCCAACACAUGCAGUCACAUCUACUAGUACUCUGUUGGCACCAGCAGGUAUAUCCACUAUUACCUCAAUAACACCUGCAGUGACAUCCACUAAUACUUUAUCCACACUGGCAGAUGCAUCAGCUGACACACUACCAACAUCUGCAGUCACAUCCACUAGUACUGUGUUGACACCCAUAGUCACAUCCGCAAGUACUUUAGUGACACCUGCAGGUAUAAACAGGAAUACCCCAACAAUACCUUCAGUCACACCAACUAAUACUUCAUCAACACCUGCAGUUACACCAACUAAUACUUCAUCAACACCUGCAGUCACACGAACUAAUACUCCAUCAACACCUGCAGUAACAUCAGCUGACACACUAUCAAUAUCUGAUGUCACAUCCACUGAUCCUUUUGCAACACCUGCAGUCACAUACACUAGUACUUUAUCAACACCUCUAGCCACAUCCACUAGUAUUCUGUCAGAACCUGCAGUCACAUCAACAAAUACUGUAUUGACAUCUGCAAUCACAUCCACUAAUACUCCAACAACACCUACAGUUACAUCCACUAGUACUUUAUCAACACCUGUAAUGACAUCCACUAAUACUUUAUCAACACAUGCAGUCACAUCCACUAGUAUUGCUUCACCACAUGCAGUCACAUCCAGUACUACAUUAGCAACAUCAGCAAUCACAUCCACUAGUGCUCUUUCAUCACCUGCAGUCACACCCACUAGUACACCCCCAACACAUGCAGUCACAUCUACUAGUACUCUGUUGGCACCAGCAGGUAUAUCCACUAUUACCUCAAUAACACCUGCAGUCACAUCCACUAAUACUUUAUCCACACUGGCAGAUACAUCAGCUGACACACUAUUAACACCUGAUGUCACAUCCACUCAUUCUUUAGCAACACCUACAGUCACAUACACUAGUACUUUGACAACAACUGCAGUUCCAUUCACUCAUACUCUAUCAACACUUGCAGUCACACCCACCAGUAUACCACCAACACCUGCAGUCAGAUCUACUACUAUUCUGUUGACACCUGCAGUCACAUCCAGAAGUACUUUAUUGACACCUGCAGGUAUAUCCACUAUUACCUCAGUAACACCUGCAGUCACAUUCACUAAUACUUUAUCCACACUGGCAGAUACAUCAGCUGACACAUUAUCAACACCUGAUGUCACAUCCACUGGUUCUUUAGCAACACCUACAGUCACAUACACAAGUACAUUAUCAACAACUGCAGUUUCAUCCACUCAUAUUCUAUCAACACCUGCAAUCACAUCUGCUAGUACUCUACCAACACCUGAGGUCACACCCACUAUUACAUCGCCAAUACCUGCAGUCACAUCUACAAGUACUUUAUUGACACCUGCAGUCACAUCCACCACUACUCCAUCAUCACCUGCAGUCACAUCAACGAGUAUGUUAUCAGUACCUGUUGUCACAUCCACUGGUACACUAUCAACAUCUGCACUCACAUCCACAGGUACUCCAUCAACAGAUUCAGCCACAUCCACUACUACUUUAUCCACACCAGAAGAUACAUCAACUUACACACCUGAUGUCACAUUCAAUUAUCCUUUAGCAACACCUACAGUCACAUACAGUAGCACUUUAUCAACAACUGCAGUUACAUCCACUCGAACUCUAUCAACAACUGCAGCCAAAUACACUAGUACUCAAUCGACACCUAUAGACACAUACAGUCAUACUCUAUCAAGACCUGAAGUCACAUCCACUAAUAUUCUGUCAACAACUGCAGUCACAUCCACAAGUACUCCUCCAACACAUGUAAUCACAUCAACAGCUUCAGUCUCACCUACAAGUGCUCUAUCAACACCUAUGGUCACAUCCACAAGUAAUCUAUGGACAGCUGCAGCCACAUCCACAAGUACUUUAUCAACAUUUGCAGUCACAUCAUCUAGUCUUCCAACAACACUUACAGCUACAUCCACAAGUACUCUAUCAACACUUGCAAUCACAUCCACUAAUACUCCAACAACACCUGCAGUUACAUCCACUAGUACUUUAUCAACAGCUGCAGUUACAUCCACUAGUAAUUUAUCAACACCUGUAGCCACAUCCACUAGCAGUCUUUCGACACUUGCAGUUACAUCCACUAAUACACCAACAACACCUUCAGUUCCAUCAAUUAGUGCUCCAUCCGCACAUGCAGUCACAUCCAGUAGUACUUUAUCGACAUCAGCAAUCACAUCCACCAGUACUCUAUCAUCACCUGCAGUCACAGCCACUAGUACACUACUAACACCUGUAGCCACAUCCACUAGUAGUCUGUCGCCACCUGCAGUUACAUCUACCAAUUUUUAUUUGACAUCUGCAAUCACAUCCACUAAUACACCAACAACACCUUCAGUUACAUCCACUAGAACUCCAUCUACACCUGCUGUCACAGCCACUCAUACUUUAUCAACAUCAGAAGUCAUAUCCACUAGUAGUCUAAUAACACCUGCAGUUAAAUCAACUAGUGCUACAUCAACACCUACACCUGCAGCCACAUCCACUCAGACUCAAUUGACACCUGAAGUCGCAUCCAAUAGUACUUUAUCAACAUCUGCAGUCACAUCCACUAGUAACCUUUCAACAUCUGCAGUCACAUCUAGUAGUGCUCCAUCUAUACCUACUGUCACAUCCACCACUAGUCUGUCAACACCUGCAGUCACAUCAAUUAGUACUCCAGUAACAACUGCACUCACAACCACUAUUACUUUAUUGACACCUACAAUCACAUCUACUUCGACUCUGUCAUCACCUGCAGUCAAAUCCACCAGUAAUUUUCCAGUCAAAGUAACUACCAAUAAAAUUACAACUCCACCAGCAGAACAUUCCACAGUCACCAGUACUGAAUUUAGCCCCAAAGAUACGACAGACCAUCUCUCUUCGGCCACAACACAAUCCUAUGGGGACAUCUCCAAGCUUACUGUGUCCAGCGAAACCACGGCAGACAGGGGACCCACAUCUUCUACACCCAAGGAUCUUCAGACAGUGAUUGGUCAGAUGAAGGUGUCCAUUAUGGCUCCUGCUCAUGUAAAGAAUGUAGCUGUGGUGGAAGCUUUCCACAAUCUCGCCCAUGUUCUUCAGGAUUAUUUAAGAAAAAAAUACAGUGAUGUCAGCUCCGUAAGAAUUAUCAGAAUCACCAAGAAAUGAGAAGCCAUAUUUACAAGUUUUGUGUUAAUCUCUAAUGCUGCACCAAGAGUUUCAUACUUUUUUACCUUUAUUUGAAUAGGAAGUCACAAUGAGAUUGAAACUCUUUUACAAGUGAGACCUAGCCAAGGCAAGGUAAACCAGAAUUGUACAACAACAAGAACAAAUGUAGGCUUCACAUCAUGCAGUCAAGAAUCGGGAAAUUUACAACUUGAAACAGGUGCAUGGAACAGAAAGUAUGUCCAUUAUUUUCCAUUCGCAAUCUGGUAGUGAAAUGAGGAACUCAAAUUUCAGUUUAGCCUCAUUCCAGGGCCAGGAACCAUGGUAGCACAAGCUCAUCAUUUCAGUCGUAGUUUGGACACUUGGAACUUUAAAGUAAAACCAUUUAUUAGAUCUUAAAUUGCAGCUGCCUUGCAACAAUAAAAAGGCAAAAAAAAACGGCAAAGGAUGACCAACCAACAAGACUGUGCAAGAUACAAUGACGGGUCCUGUAACCCAAAUUAGAGACAUAUCUCCAUGCUGCAUGAUACAAGAGAUCAAAGUGUGACAGGGUAGGGAGACAAAUCUAUAAAUAAAGUAUCUAUAAAGUAUCUCCAUAGUCAUGUUGCAUAAACCAGCAGGAAUAAACCAGCCAUUUUAAUGACUUAAAAAACAUGACAAAAACAUUAACCUGUAGAGAAAUCCCAGGGUGGAGAACACUUGUAAUUAAAAAUUGUUAUUCAGAAAAUUGGUCGCAAAUAACACAGAAAACUUAAGAAUCCCAUUACGUCAUGACAAAAGUCAUGUCAAUGAAUGGUAAAAGCACACCAGAAGAAUUUGUGAAGUGAAAGAUUUGUAUUGUGUUCAUGAAGACAGAAAUAAUGAGCUUCUACAACCUUCAAGAAAGAUAAAUGAAAUUAACUAAUUUAUUUCAUGGUCCAAAAAUGUAUUACGUUGUGAAGGUUGGAUCCUUGGUACUUGGUUGCCAGUCAUUAUGAGUAGUAACCUUAAACAGCCAAGAUUGUGGAUACUAGUAUUGGUAAGGUAUUGCAUGGCUUUUAAAUUGUUGGUAUGUUCCAAAAAGGCAGCUUCAGAAAGGUUUUCACAAAUCUUUUCAUAAAGGUCCUUCACGUUAUAUUAUUAUUUAUUCAAAGUAUUUAUUGUUUUUAAAUCAACUUUGAACAUCAUGGUAAUGCUACAAUUUUAUCAAACAGUUUUUCUUGUGGGAAAUUUUGUUUUCCAGAGAAAAAAUAAAGGAAAUAUUUUGAAUGUAACAGUGUGUAUCUGUAUGGUUUUUUGUUUUUCAA